UGCAGUUGAGUUUUCUGUUUUGGAGAGGAGGCUCGUCGAAGCGAUUCCUGGUGCUGCGCAGAGACAGUGGGGCUUUUGCGGGAGGGUGAGCACUGUAGGGGAGGAGGGUGACAAAAUUAGGCUGUGCAGGGUUUAAGGGCUCUACACCUUCUUGUGAUGGCAACCAUCGAAAUGGAGGUACCUCAAUUCCAAAUAGACGAAACAGACUUCUGUGGUUCAAUCCUCUCUCGGUUCUCUAACUCCACCCAGGAAGAGCAUCAACAUUUAUGCACAGUUCUUGGAACCAUGUCUCAGGAACUCAAAGACCAGAACCUCUCUACAACCCCGGUAACCUACUUUGGUGUCACAUGCUCUUCUCUAGACCGACUUUCAUCUGAUCCUGAUUCGCCCACUCACAGUAUUGAUUCUCUCCUCACCAUCCUCUCCAUGGUCCUUCCAAGAAUCUCUCCUGUAAUUCUGAAGAAGAAAAGAGAAUUUCUGUCGGAGCUGCUGGUUCGGGUCCUUCGGUCUAAAUCACCUCCAGCAGCAUCAGGGCUGAAAUGCAUUUCACAUUUGUUGAUGAUCAGGGAGAGUGACAAUUGGUCAGAUGUAUCUCAGCUCUAUGGAGUUCUUCUUAGAUUUAUAACAGAUUCACACUCCAAGGUGAGAAGGCAGUCACAUGUAUGCAUCCAUGACACACUACAAAGUUUUCAAGGAUCAUCAGCUCUGGCACCUGCUAGUGAAGGGAUUACAAACAUUUUUGAAAGAUAUCUUCUACUUGCUGGUGGGUCAAAUGCAGCUGCAUCUGAAAGCCCCAAAGGAGCUCAGGAGGUUAUUUAUAUUCUGGAUGCUUUAAAAGACUGUCUUCCUCUUAUGUCUAUGAAGUUCACAACUACUGUCCUUAAGUAUUUAAAAACUCUCUUGGAACUGCACCAACCUCUUGUUACUAGGCGCGUACUGGACAGCUUGAAUGCACUUUGUGUUCACCCAACUUCAGAGGUUUCUCCUGAAGUGCUGCUCGAACUGUUAUGUUCAUUAGCUCUUUCUGUCUCUGGAAAUGAGAGAACUGUAGAUGAUAUUACAUUCACGACUCGGUUGCUGGAUGUUGGGAUGAGAAAAGUUCAUUCCCUUAAUAGAAAAAUAUGCAUAGUUAAGCUCCCUGUUAUAUUCAAUGCACUUAGAGAUGUUUUGGCAUCUGAACAUGAGGAGGCCUUACAUGCAGCUACAGAGGCACUUAAAAGCUUAAUACAUGCUUGCAUUGAUGUAAGCUUGAUAAAGCAGGGAGUCAAUCAGAUUACGAUGAAUGCAGACAUGGAGACAAGAAGGUCUGGGCCAACCAUCAUUGAGAAGUUGUGUGCAACCAUCAAAAGCUUACUAGAUUAUCGUUACUCUACAGUAUGGGACAUGUCAUUUCAAGUUAUCUCAACAAUGUUUAAUAAAUUAGGGGAAAAUUCUUCUUACCUCUUAAUGGGAACCCUCAAGGCCUUGGCAGACAUACAGAAGUUACCAGAUGAAGACCUCAUCUACAGGAAACAGCUGCACGAAUGUGUUGGAUCAGCUCUUGUUGCAAUGGGACCUGAAAUUUUUUUAAGUAUUCUACCUCUUAAGUUGGAGGUUGAAGACCUAGCUGAGGCAAAUGUUUGGGUCCUCCCAGUUCUAAAGCAGUAUACAGUUGGUGCUCAUUUAAGCUUCUUUAGAGGGUCAAUUUUGAAUAUGGUUAGGCUCAUGAAGCAGAAAUCUCGAAUGCUUGAUCUAGAGGGACGAAUUGUUUCAUCAAGGAGCUAUGAUGCACUUGUAUACUCUCUAUGGUCUUUGUUGCCUUCAUUUUGCAACUACCCUUUGGAUACUGCUGAAAGCUUCAAGGAUCUGGAGAAAGAAUUAUGCACUGCUCUCUGUGAGGAACCCAAUGUUUGUGGAAUAAUAUGCUCCAGUUUGCAGAUUCUCAUUCAACAGAAUAAAAGGAUUCUGGAAGGAAAAAUUGAUCUGCAUGGUUCUGAUACGAGCACUUCCAGACAAAGAGCUAUGGCCCAUUAUACCCCACAAGCUGCAGCUGAUAACUUGAAUGCAUUAAAAUCCUCUGCCCGUGAAUUUUUGUCAGUUUUGUCAGGGAACUUCUUGAAAUCUGCACAAGAUGGUGGUUGUUUGCAGUCCACAAUCUGCGAGUUGGCUUCUAUAGCAGAUAAAGAAAUAGUCACAAGGUUCUUCAGAAAUACAAUGCAGAAGCUUCUGAAGGUGACUCAAGAGGCUGGCAAUGCAGAGACUUCUAGAAACUCCAAUACUAUGGAGAUUGACAAUUCAUCAAAUGGAAGUUCACUAGCACUUGUGAGGGCACAGCUUUUUGACUUGGCAGUGUCACUUUUGCCUGGUUUGAAUGCCAAAGAGAUUGAUCUGUUGUUUGUUGCAAUAAAGCCAGCAUUAAGGGAUGAUGAAGGUUUGAUCCAAAAGAAGGCAUACAAAGUUCUUUCAAUUAUUCUCAGGAACUGUGAUACUUUCCUUUCAGCAAAGUUCGAGGAAUUGCUCAAACUUAUGAUUGAAGUGCUGCCUUCCUGUCAUUUUUCUGCUAAACAUCACAGAUUGGAGUGUUUGUACUCUCUAAUAGUCCAUGCAUCCAAGUGUGAAUCAGAAAAGAGAUGUGAUAUCAUCAGUUCUUUCCUAACUGAGAUAAUCCUUGCCCUGAAAGAGGCUAAUAAGAAAACAAGAAACAGAGCUUAUGACAUGCUUGUCCAAAUUGGCCAUGCAUGUAGGGAUGAAGAGAAAGGUGGAAAAAAGGAAAACCUGCAUCAAUUCUUUAACAUGGUAGCUGCAGGCCUGGCUGGUGAAACCCCUCAUAUGAUCAGUGCUGCAGUGAAAGGCCUAGCUCGUUUGGCUUAUGAGUUUUCUGACCUUGUUUCAACUGCUUACAAUGUGCUUCCAUCCACAUUUCUUCUCCUAAAGAGAAAGAACCGAGAGAUUGCUAAAGCUAAUUUAGGUUUGUUGAAGGUGUUGGUGGCCAAAUCACAAACUGAGGGGUUGCAGAUGCACUUAAGGAGCAUGGUAGAGGGCCUGCUGAACUGGCAAGAUAUCACCAAAAACCAUUUCAAAGCUAAGGUUAAGCUUCUUUUGGAAAUGCUGGUUAAGAAAUGUGGUCUGGAUGCUGUUAAGGCUGUUAUGCCUGAAGAACACAUGAAACUUCUUACUAAUAUAAGGAAGAUCAAGGAGCGGAAAGAGAGGAAACUUGAAGCAAACUCUGAAGAGAUUAGAUCUCAACAGUCAAAAGCAACAACAUCCAGGCUUAGCAGAUGGAAUCAUACCAAAAUAUUUUCCAACUUUGGGGAUGGAGAAAGUGAGGACAGUGAUGCAGAAUAUUCAGAUGACCAGACUCUAUUUGGUCAACAGAGCAAGGCUACCUAUUACAACUCCAAAGCAUCUUCAUCACGAAUGCAUAAAGCAGCCAAGAGAUUGCCAGAAGACUUGUUUGACCAAUUAGAAGAUGAGCCACUUGACUUGCUGGACCAGCACAAGACAAGGUCAGCACUUCGAUCAACAGGGCACCUAAAACGGAAGCCAGGAUUAGAAGAUGAGCCAGAGGUAGACUCUGAAGGGCGCCUGAUAAUUCGUGAGGGAGGAAAGCCAAGGAAAGAGAUGCCCUCUAACUCUGAUUCAGAUGUAAGGAGUCAAGCAAGUAGUCACAUGUCUAUGAACUCUGCAAGAGAUAAUCGAAAGCGCAGGAAAACAUCAGAUUCAGGGUGGGCUUACACAGGAGGUGAGUAUGCUAGCAAAAAGGCAGCUGGGGACGUGAAAAGAAAGGACAAGCUUGAGCCAUAUGCAUAUUGGCCCCUGGAUCGCAAGAUGAUGAGCCGUAGACCAGAGCAUCGGGCAGCUGCGAGAAAAGGUAUGGUUAGUGUGGUAAAACUAACAAAGAAGCUCGAAGGCAAGAGUGCGUCAAGUGCACUACUCUCUAGUAAGGGCCUGAGAUUUAAGAGAGUUCAAAAGAAAAGCAGCAAGAAGAAAAGCAAGUAGAGAAGCUUCUACAGGUCUUCCUUAUAUCACCAAGUAGGAGAUCACUUUCAUGAAUUCUUCAUUAAUUAUUAUCCAAGUUGCAGGCUCACAGGGAAGUUGGAAGCUGUCUUUUCUUUUCGUGUUUGUAACAGUGGUAGAUGUAAUAAACCAGAUUUAGAGGCCUCGCAAUUUUGCUUGUAGAGUUUUUUUUUUAA